AUGAAGUUUCAUCUCCCUCUUCCUCACUUUGGACAUCCCGUCAUGCGUGCUUUGCGGUAUCACGGAAUCAAAGACUUGCGCCUGGAGCACGAUGUGCCCGAACCGAAAUGCGGGGAGGAACAGGUCAAGAUAAAGCCCGCGUUCUGUGGGAUCUGUGGGACCGAUUUACACGAAUAUUCCUCUCCGACAUUUAUUCCGGCCAAAGACGCGCCGCACCCAGUGACGAAAGAGUCUAUGCCCAUUACCAUUGGUCAUGAGUUCAGCGGCGAAGUGGUCGAGAUUGGCUCGAAAGCGCACAACCCGUCGAAUUUGAAAGUUGGCGAUAAGGUCGCCGUCCAACCCACUGUGGCCUGCUUCUCCUGCGGACCCUGUCACGAAGGAGCAAUCAAUUGCUGUGACGGAGCAGGUUUUAUCGGCCUUAGUGGUGGCGGAGGCGGGAUGAGCGAUUUUGUCUGUGUCGACCCCCAGUUCGUCUUCAAGUUGCCCGCCGAUACCGGGUUGGAUGUUGGUGCGCUGGUCGAGCCUCUAGCCGUCGCGUGGCAUGCUGUCGAUCAGUACCCGGUCACGCCAGAUACGCAGGCGAUAGUCAUGGGCGCCGGACCGAUCGGCCUAGGUGUGAUACAGUGCCUCAAGGCGCGUGGCGUGAAGACGGUGAUUGUGGUCGAGAUGGCGAAAGAGAGACAGAACUUUGCGAAGCGCUUUGGCGCGACCCAUCUGAUUGAUCCAACAAAGGAAGAUGUGGUGAAGAAGGCAAAAGAGAUAUGCGACGGGCAAGGACCUCAUGUGGCGCUCGAUGCGGCGGGUGUUCCGGCGAGUAUCAAGAGUGCGGCGCUGGCUGUGAGAGCGAGGGGAACUAUUGUCAAUGUCGCGAUUUGGGAGAAGGAGGUGCCUUUCCAGCCGAACAGUUUGGUGUUUGGCGAAAAGAAAUACGUCGGCGUGCUGGGAUAUCUACAGAAGGAUUUUGCCGGUGUGAUCAAAGCUCUUGGAGACGGAAACCUCAACCCGGAGAAGAUGAUUACGGGUAAAAUCAAGAUUGACCGAGUGCCAGAAGACGGGUACCGCCCAUUGAUCGAAGAGAAGGACAAGCAUGUCAAGAUAUUGGUGGAUUGUCGAGCAUAA